AAGUUCCCCUCUAUAGCUCCUGAUGGGCGUUUUUCCUCCUGUGCUACGUACUUCAUUAUAUGUGAGCGCUUCCGUUUUAGCAAGAUCCGAGCUUAUGGUUUCAUCUUAUCCUGUUUUCCUUUUUAUCCCCAUUUUCAUUCACCUGAUGCUCUGAUGCUCGUCUUCCACUAUCUACCACUUUCAAUGUCUUCCCCCAAAUCUUUUCUCUUUCUUCGAUUUCAUCUCCCCCCUUUUUAUUUUCUUUUCGUUAUAUUCCUCUUAGGUUCUUGUUAUGCGUAUGACACACCCAAUCGUAUCGUUCACGUGCUUUUUUUCUUUCGUCUUCUUCCUUUCUUCUAUCCUUGGGCAGGCAUUCUGCGAAAAGUCCAUCAAGUUCAAAUUGAAUUGUGUUCCGCAUUGAGGAUACCACGUCAUGCCUUUUUGCUAGACCGGCCUGUACAACAUUGCUUUGUUCCUUUUCUUGGUCUCCCCGCUUCUCGUCUCAGUAUUGUUCCCUUGCGACGCCGUUUCCUUGUGUGGUUGUGCAUCUGAGUUUGGCCAGUCAAUUCGUGGCCUAUCUCCCCGAGGUCUGUUCUUCUGCCUUCUCUUGUUGCUGCUGCUUCUAGCGAUCGGUGUCGUGUGACGAU